UGCGCGUCUACACUGGCUAGCCCCGGCCGGCCUCCGCUAAAGCUUCGGGCGGGUUUUCCGAGGAAAAGAGGGAGCCCUGCUCUCCGGGGCGUUAAAGUAACAGGGCCCGCUACUCCCGGCGGGCCGAGGCCGAACUCGCACCGGAGAAAAACACGCCGUAGUCGGCAGGAUUCGAACCUGCGCGGGGAGACCCCAAUGGAUUUCUAGUCCAUCGCCUUAACCACUCGGCCACGACUACAUGGGGCUCGAGCGGCCAGCGCAGGCCUUACCUAGAAAGAGCAGCGGCCGAAGGCGGGGAAAGGGUGGAGGCCGCGGGUGCCGGGAGCCGAGUCGCUGCCAAGUGUGUGCGACCUGCCGGGGGUUCCGGGGCCGCGGGCCCGCUGGAGGGGAGCCCUGGGCCCGUGACCGGCCGGAGCGGCUUUCGGGAGGGACUCGGCGCCGCCGGCCGCUGUCGCGGGCGCAGGGCGGGGGGAGGCCUGCGGGGGGCGCCUUCCCAGAGCAGGACCCUGUGUUGAUUCGUGUGCAAAGCAGGCGCUCUCUCUCUCUCCAAAGUUAGCGAGCGCCGGUGUGUUUUCUCUUCCCCGACUUGGUCUCCGCCUUCGAGUCCGAGGUCGUGGGGUGCCCCGGUGCCGGGAGUUGGUUGUGGUCUACUCGGGGUGCCCUGCUCACUUAAGAGGCAAACGAUCGCAGGUGGAGAAAUCACGUCGCCUGUAGACAGCGAGGAAGAGACGAGAAAGGGAGAGACGUUAGUUAAUCCUGUGGUUUGAUGGGACAGCCUGCUCCGAAGGGGUAGACGUGAAGCAGUUAUUAUCCAUAACUUGUGCGGAUCCCCUCCUCUUUUUUACUUGGCGUACACGUUUUUUAUCAAGCACGUUGUGGCUCUUUUGUUUUUGCUUAAGUCAUCUGGAACGCUAGUUUUGAUUGAGGUUUGAUACCGAGGAAAUAUCCAAGAUCUGUGCUUUGGAAAACACUGCAAAACAGCAAUUAGUGAUGUGCCCUUUGAAUUACAAUUAAUCAACUGCUUGUUUGCUUUAGGGUGCCAGUGAGGAAGGAGUGGACACAGGUGCAACUUUGUUUUACUGGACUGAAAAUGUUUUUAAUGGCAUGGGUCUAGGUAAAGGAAGACAAUGCACGUUGAGCUGCAGGAAACAAAAGCUAGUCCAGUUAUUAUUUUAGUCCUGCUUUGGAAAUAAACCAAACGUCCAUCUGCGGUAGAAAAGACAAAUCGUGAGCUGCUGCUGUUGUUUGUUUGUUUGUUGUUUUCUUAUAAAAUGGAAUUUCACCCCACAGGGAGUGGAAGGAACUACAAGAACAAUCACACGAAUGAAACCUCCCACGCGAAGAAUGAGCGAGGGGAGCCAGGCACAAAAGAAUACAUUUAUAGUGCAUUCCAUUGUUUGAAAGUUCAAAAACAGGUGGAACUAAUCUAUGGUGUUAGAAAUCAGAAUACUACUACCCUUGGGAGGAGUUUCUAGCAUUCUGGUAAUGUUUCGGUUUUCAAAUUGGGUGCUGAGUCCAUGGUUGUGCUGGCUUUGUGUAGACAUACUGAGUUGUUCACCCUCGGAUGCUUUGUUGUGUAGCUGUUAAAGUUAAUCAAAUAUUUUCCUUUCAAAAGAUCCUUCAUCACUAGGAUGUCAUACUUUUUUGCUGCUGCUACAAUGUAUGUCACACCCAAAUAUUUAUUGGUAACAUACUUACUAUUUGGAGUAAAAACAUUCUGUGUUACCAAACUUCCAGCCAUUGUGCAAAAAGACGCAUUACUGAGGCAGAGUUAUAUCUUAAAUUGUUCAUCUGUGCAUUUUUCAUGAAUUUCUAUCCUUUCCUGUUCUCUAGAACCCUCAGUUAAUAUGUUAACUUAAAUAAACUGUUCAGAGCGUUGCAUCCAGUAAAAACUCAGUAAACUUUGUCUUUUAUUCACCAAAUUAUACCUUCUAUGUAGGUAGUGUUUUUUGUUUUAUUUUUUUAAUUGGUUGGUGUGUGGCACAUGAUAGCUGCUCAAUUAAUAUUUUACCCAUGUAGCCCCGGAGCAUCUAUGUGCAACUUCCUGUACUAGCUUCCAUUUUAUGUGCAGACCCAGUCACUAAAACUAAUAUAUAUGUGUACACACGCGUUCUUGCUGUCCUCAGUAUUGAAAGUCUCUUUCGUGUAAGGGAUGGCUGAAAAUUUUCCAAGUCGUCAAAAUCUGGUUCCCUUUUGCUUAACAGUUCUUUCCUCGAUUUCUUUUUAAAUUUUUGUAAAAAAAAAAUUUUUUUUUAACUAUAGACAUCAGGGAGAAGUCAAGCUGCACCUUCCACACUGUGCUUGGCAAUUUCCUCACUUUAUAACAACAGUCACUCUUCCAGUUUCUCAUUACGUGUCCUUCAUUUCCUUCUGAAACCUUAACAGAGCAACUUUGAUGGUCAUGUGUUUUUUAAUUAUACACUUUAAAAAAAGUUUUAGGUUUACAGAAAAAUUGAGCAGAAGGUAUAGAGUUUCCAUAUACUCUCACCCCCCUUCCCCCAACCAGUUUUCCCUAUCAUUAACAUCUUGGGUUAGUGUGGUACCUUUGUUUCAGUUGAUGAGCCAGUAUUGAUAUUAUUUAUGCUGCUAGUUAAUAUUAGGGAUUCACUGUGUCUUGUGCGUUCUAUGGGUUUUGACAAAAAUGUAAUGACAUACAUUCAUUACGCUAUCAUACAGAAUGGUUUCGCUGCCCUAAAAAUCCCCUUCGCUCUAUUUAUCCAUGACUCCUUCCCUCUCCCCAGCACCUUGCAACCAUUGUCCUUUGCAGUCUCCACAGGUUUGUCUUUUCCAGAAUGUUAUGUGGUUGGAGUCAUAAAGUAUGUAGCCUUUUCAAAUUCUUUCACUCAGCAGUAUGCAUUUAAUGUUCUUCUGGGUGUUUUGGUAGCUUGAUAGGUUAUUUCUUUUCCUUGCAGAAUAAUAUUCCAUUGUCUGGAUGUGCCAUUGUUUAUCCAUCACCUAUUGAAGGACAUUUUGGUGGCUUUCAAGUUUUGGAAAUUAGACUUUUAUAUGAGCAUGAGUUUUCAGUUCAUUCGGGCAAAUAUCCGGGAACGAGAUUGCUGGAUCGUAUUGUAAGAGUAUGUUUUGUUUUGUGAGAAAUUGCAAACUGUCUUCCAAAGUGGUUGUACCAUUUUGCCCUCCCACCAGCCAUGAAUGAGAGAUAUAUUCUUAAACUCGGGAAACUGUUCAUGUCUUUACUUGGGGGGGUCUAGUGUUACAGAGAUUAAAAGUGAGAGUUUGGGACCAAAUUCCUAAACUCAAGUCCCAGCUUCCCCAUUUGCUGGCUGUGUGAUUUAGGCAAGUUAUUCAACGUAUCUGUGCCUCAGCUUCCUUCAGUUGUAGAGUAGGAAUAAUAAUACCGAAUAACUUCAUUAGCUUGUUUUAGGAAUUAAAAAAGUUAAUAGAUGCAAAGCACUUAUUAGGACCCUGCCUGGCAUAAAGUCAUAUGAAAAUCAUAGCUCAUUGCAUAUCGUCACUUUUUCCUGAUGGCCAGUUAUCCCUAUGUUGGCUUUCCAUCGUCUGUCCUUUAUAUCACUUUUUCUUCUGCCUCAUUCAUCUUUUUCUUCUGAUUCAUAGAAGAGCUUUUUAAAAGAAUAUCCUAUAGGUAACCGACUCACUUUUCACAGCAUCCAUCCAGUUCUCCAAUAUGACUUUAAUUAUGCUGCUGAUGUUAAAUAUGCUCGCUAUAUAUUUUUAUCCUUUUUCACCUAGAAUGUCUUCUUAGUGUUUUGUUUUUUUCACAUCUUGUUCUCACAUCUUUCUAUCCUGUUUUCAUUGGGUCGAUGUCUUCUUGGAAUCUACUGAGAAUAUCAACUUGUUCCCUGAAAUUUUCUAGUGCCUCCCUUAGAUCUUUUUUGAAAUCUGGUCUUAGAUGUCGUUUCUCCUUUCCUUUCCUUUGUGAAUUUGUCUUUCAUGUAUUCAUUGGUAGGAUUUCCAAGUUUAAUGUUUUGUCAUCCAGCACUGACUUGACCUUAGGCCCUCUAUCCAAAAGCCUGGGAAGCAGCACAGUCAGUUGCGUGGGCCACACAUCGAACACUAUAAAAACCUACGGACUUCUAUUGGGUUCUUUUCUGCCAGGGACACACCGACAGACCGGCGUUGGACUCCAUUCGCAGCUGACGUAGGCAUACACCGUGCACUGCUCUAGGGCAGAACACGGUAACACCACUUCCCGCUUUCCUUUAGCAUUUAAAAAGAUGUGGGUCGCGACCCAUUUGAAAGUCCUGAAGGCAAUAUAAUGGGCCACGACAAGAAGUUUUAAAAUGAAGAAAUAGAGCCCUAAAUAGAAUGCAGAACAAGUAGUAAAGGCAAAUAAUGAAUUGUGCAGUGUUUCCCUGCGUUGUAAAAUUAUACACGUGUGUAAAUGUGUAGCUCCUACACUACGUUCGGUCACACAAACUUGAGGGUCCCCAGGGUCCGGUUACUCCCACCAGAGACGUUCAGAAGCCAGAGACUGGCGCGGAGAACUCCCGGCCCCGCCCAACGGGAGCUCUGGGAAAUGGAGUUCGGCGUCGUGGAGCAUUCUGGGAACCGUAGUUCCGCGCGUCCGCCGGGCACGACGAGCGGGGGGAGGGGCUCUCUCCGCGCGACCGGAAGUGGCCGUUGAAGCCGGCAGAGGUUGGCGCUGGGGAAGUGCACCCUCUUCGGCUCCCUUCGCUAGGUCUGGUGCCGGUCCCGGCGCUUCCGGACGCGCGAGCUGAGAGUGUGGAGCGCCCUAGAGGGAGGGAAGCCCAGGUAUCACCAUGGCAACCGCCAGCCUUGCGGCUGCGUGACGUCAUCCUCCUCGCCCCGCUGGAAGCGGCCUCUGCGAGAGGGAGCUGGGGAGUCCUCGGAGGGGGCGCCCCUCGCCUCCCUCCGUGCGGGGCGGUUCCGCCCUGAUCCCUUGGAGGGCUUUGUUCUUUUGUUCCGGUCUGGGAGGAAGGACUGGGAGCGGGCCCCGCCCCGCCGCUCCACCUUCCAGCGUUUCCACCCCGCAACAGGUGUGUCUUCCGUUCGCGAGCCGGGGUGUGAGCCCGCAAGUGGGCACGGAGGGCUGCCCCGCUCCGCCCGUGUAAGGGCUCAGCCGGCGCCGACUCCUGGCCGGACACCUGAGCCCCCCAGACCGAGGCCCCCGCUGGAAGGACGCUGCUUGAGAAAUCCUGGUGUCCAGGCUCCGGAGGAACGGAAUGAGCUCCUGAGAUGGAAGAUCCGACCUCUUCGGAGUCCACCCUUCUCCCAGGGGGACAUACUCUCCUCCCACCAGCCAGUUUUCACGAAUCCGUGACCUUCAAGGAUGUGAUAGUGGAUUUUACCCAGGAGGAAUGGAAACAGCUGGACCCUGUACAGAGGGACUUGUUCAGGGAUGUGACGCUGGAGAAUUAUACACACCUUGUCUCUAUAGGACUCCAAGUCUCCAAACCUGACGUGAUUUCCCAGUUAGAACAAGGGACGGAGCCGUGGGUGGUGGAGUCCGGUGUUCCAGGAGCUACUGGCGGGGACCAUGACAUCGGACCAGAAGACAGCCAAGCAGCCCCAGAGCCGGACAUUUCUGAAGAGCAGCCGUGUCACGGGGCAGUGGUGGAAAACCACAAAAGGGAAGACCCUCACGGUUCUGACUUUUCAGAAAGUUGGGGGUACGAAGGCAGUCUGGAGAAGCGUCAGGCACACCAGCAGGCGCUGCCAAGAGAAAUAAAAAUAACCGAAAAGACAAUACCCACUUGGGAGAGAGGCCCUAUAAAUAAGGACUUUGAAAAAAGCAUCAGUGUAAGCUCAAACCUCGUGACACAAGAAACAUCUGCAGAAGAGACCGCUACUAAGACGAGCGUCAAGCAGAAUACAAACCCGGUCAGAAAAGAGAAAUCUUGUAAGUGCAACGAAUGCGGGAAAGCGUUCAGUUACUGUUCUGCUCUCAUUCGCCAUCAGAGGACGCACACCGGGGAGAAGCCUUACAAAUGUAAUGAAUGUGAAAAAGCCUUCAGCCGGAGUGAAAACCUUAUCAACCAUCAAAGAAUUCACACUGGAGAUAAACCCUACAAAUGUGAUCAGUGUGGGAAGGGCUUCAUUGAGGGUCCGUCUCUUACUCAACAUCAAAGAAUCCACACUGGAGAAAAACCCUAUAAAUGUGACGAAUGUGGGAAAGCCUUCAGUCAGAGGACCCAUCUUGUGCAGCACCAGAGGAUUCAUACUGGGGAGAAACCGUACACCUGCAAUGAGUGUGGAAAAGCCUUCAGCCAGAGAGGCCACUUUAUGGAACAUCAGAAAAUUCACACAGGAGAAAAACCUUUCAAAUGUGAUGAAUGUGACAAAACCUUCACCAGGAGCACGCACCUUACUCAGCAUCAAAAAAUUCACACUGGGGAGAAGACCUAUAAAUGCAACGAAUGCGGGAAGGCCUUCAAUGGGCCCUCGACAUUUAUUCGUCACCAUAUGAUCCAUACUGGUGAAAAACCCUACGAAUGCAACGAAUGUGGGAAAGCCUUCAGUCAGCACUCCAACCUCACCCAACAUCAGAAAACACACACCGGGGAGAAGCCGUACGACUGCGCCGAAUGCGGAAAGUCCUUCAGCUACUGGUCCUCCCUCGCUCAACAUCUGAAAAUUCACACCGGAGAGAAACCUUACAAGUGCAACGAAUGCGGGAAGGCCUUCAGUUACUGCUCGUCCCUGACGCAGCAUCGGAGAAUUCACACCAGGGAAAAGCCCUUUGAAUGCAAUGAGUGCGGAAAGGCUUUCAGUUAUCUCUCCAACCUGAAUCAACAUCAGAAGACUCACACCCAGGAGAAAGCUUAUGAAUGUAAGGAGUGUGGGAAAGCCUUUAUUCGGAGUUCAUCUCUUGCCAAACACGAAAGAAUUCACACCGGUGAGAAGCCCUAUCAGUGUCACGAAUGUGGGAAAACCUUCAGUUACGGCUCCUCCCUGAUUCAGCACAGGAAGAUACACACCGGAGAAAGACCUUACAAGUGUAACGAGUGCGGGAGAGCCUUCAACCAGAACAUACACCUCACGCAACACAAGCGGAUUCACACGGGAGCAAAGCCUUAUGAGUGCGCGGAGUGUGGCAAAGCCUUCCGGCACUGUUCCUCUCUUGCUCAACAUCAAAAGACUCACACGGAAGAAAAACCCUACCAGUGUAAUAAAUGCGAAAAGGCUUUCAGCCAGAGCUCUCACCUGACUCAGCACCAGCGAAUUCACACGGGAGAGAAGCCCUACAAGUGCAACGAGUGUGACAAAGCCUUCAGCCGCAGCACGCACCUGACCGAACACCAGAACACGCACACGGGGGAGAAACCUUAUAACUGUAACGAGUGCAGGAAGACUUUCAGCCAGAGCACGUACCUCAUCCAGCACCAGAGGAUUCAUUCGGGAGAGAAGCCUUUUGGAUGUAGCGACUGCGGGAAAGCCUUCCGAUACCGCUCUGCUCUCAACAAGCACCAGAGACUGCACCCGGGCAUAUGACCCUUGCGGGAACAUCACAGACGUGGCGGACACAUUUGCUCCGGCCUGUCCUUUGGUUAAGUGCUGAAGAUUCAGAAUGAAGUGAGAAACUGCCUAAAAGAUGUUAACUUUUCACGGCCGCACUAUAGAAGGGAAAGUACAUUGGGAUGAAGUAAUCCAGUGGUUUUCGAGCAACUUUGUGACAUUGGAAAAUUCGACUGUUUUAAGCUUCACUUUGCUCCGUGAAUGAGGGGAUUUGGAGUGGACUCUUUCAAAGGUUGUUUGGAAUUUUAUAUUCCACUUUUUUGUGUUCACAGUGUACUCUUGAACGGGGUCACUGCACGUCAGCAUUUUGCUGUGUCGCAUCUAGAGUGUGUAUAUUUAUGCAUGUUUUGCCAAUAGAAAGCGUCUGUGCUUCAGUAACUAGGCUGGGGAUCUAUUAUGCUUCUGUUCUAAUGCAUUUAAGUUGAUUAACUGGUUCCUAAUAAAAAGAACUGUAAAGCAUUCUUAAAUUAAUAA